UCCCGCCCGGCCGAGUGCGGCGUGCGGCUCUUCCGGGAAGAUGGCGGCGCCCGCCAGAGGCCCGGAGACGCGGGCGGCCGCGGAAGUCGCUGGCCCGCAGCCUCGCGCGCAGCAGCCCUCGCAGUAUGGCCUCGCCGCCGCGCGGCUUCGCGCCCCGAGCUCCCGAGGACUCGCGCCGGCCGAGCCUGGCGGAACUGCGGGAGACGCUGAGGCGCCAGGAGAGACUUUCGCGCAACGAAAAAUUCAUUUGCAAAUUGCCCGACAAAGGUAAAAAGAUCUUAGACUAUGUCGCCAAACUGAAAGCUACCAUUGCAGAGCAUGAGUUGGCAAGAGGAAAAACUGAACUGUUUGAUCCCACUAAUUUAGACUCUGAGCUAAGGCAAAAGGCACCUGUUGUUGACAGGGACACAGAUCAGGCCGGGAAUUCUAACCAGAUACUCAAUGAGUCAUCACUUGUUCCUGGCCAUACCUCUGUUAAGAGCAUCACGGCACUAAAAACACCCACACAUCCCCAAGGACUAGGACAACCUGCUUCCAGAGGAAAAGAGGUCACAAAGAUUGAGAACCCAGUAAGCCACCACCCAGCUUCGAGUGGUAGAGCCAAUGUGCCUUCCUCUGCAGCCUUUGAGCAUCUCUCUCGCCAGUGUGUUUCAGAUCAAGCAGAAGAUAAAUCCAGCAGUUUGGACAACCUGUUUAUUGAUCGGUUACAGAGAAUCACAAUUGCAGAUGAGCACCAGUCAGAAGAAAACACAAAGGCGGAGAACUUAACAGGCCUUGGAAGCGGGACUCAAAAGAAGCCUCAUUUCAUGGAAGUUCUAGAAGUGCGAGCCCAAAACCCAGUGCCCACACCCCAUAAAUUUAAAACUAAUGUUUUACCUUCACAGCACACCUACUCCUCCAGUCUCUGUCAAGGAAUGGGGUCCCCUGUUUCCUUGGAAGAACGGCGGCGCAGAGACAAGCAGCAUCUCGAUGACAUCACGUCUGCUCGGCUUCUGCCACUUCACCACAUGCCUGCACAGCUGCUUUCUAUAGAAGAAUCUCUGACACUGCAGAAACAGCAGAAACAGAGCUAUGAGGAGAUGCAAGCUAAGCUUGCAGCACAAAAAUUAGCUGAAAGAUUGAAUAUUAAAAUGCAGGACUAUAAUCCAGAAGGGGAUACCUUGAAGAAAUACUGUGAAGUCAAGGAUGAAGACGAUCAGUCCUCUGAUGAAUUUUGAAGGUGGCACCAGGAUCACUUGAGUGUCAAUUCCAAGAGAUGUCAUGAUCUUACAGCGACUUUAACAAGUAUCAGAGUUCGUCAGACUUGUUGAAGGAACAGUUUUGGAGAGUUACUCAAAGAUGACUGUAAAAGUAGCCUGGGUUUUCUCUCAGAAGAUAACUUUCAUGUGCUUGGAAAGUUUGAAUAUUUAUUGUAAUGACAUCGUAUUAAGGUUUUGCAGUAUGUUGUGUGUGGGUGUGAUGUUUUCACAUAUAGCAGUAGUAGAAAACAUGUUUUGUUUUUUUUUUUAGCCAGCCAAAUAAAUCAGAUAACUGCAGUUUUUCUUAUUACCUCAUCAAAUUAUGUUUAUUACAUACCUUUCAGUGAAAUAUUUAAUUGUCCUAGGCAGCACCUAAAAUGAAUUGGGAAAGUAUAGACUCCUAUUUUGAGUAAUAAGGUAAGUUGUCUAGAGUAUUUUAUACAUGCUGGCAUAAAGUUACUCUAGUGCAGUAUCCCAGGAACCACUCACUGAAGAUGUGUAACAAGUGUGUAGUACGUAGUCAUCUUUCUUAUGACAGGGAAUAAAAAACAUGCUUCAUAGAUAGUUGGAAGGUGGACGGUCCUUUUAUGUGACCAGAUUUGCUUGGACUAAAAAUCUAAACUGACAGAAGUAGGUGAAAGAUAAAGGUCUUGUGCUUGAACUGACUUUUGCUCUGACAGAUUAAGAAGUUCAUUUCAGUUGUCAAUAUAUCACUUUCCCCAAGCCCCCCAGAGAUGUAUCAGAUUGCAGAAAUGUCAGUCUCACACGCACAUGUACACAUGUACAUACACAAUGCAUGUUUGUAAUUUUAUGAGGUUACAUAUUUAUCUCCAGAAAAAUAAACUUCUCAAGAUUUCUUUGUCUAAUAUGUUAAAGCCUUUAUACAGUGUUGAAAGUAUAAAAUACUAAUCAGAGUGACUCAGAAUGUUUCAUUGUUUCAUGAACUGUGUAAGAGACUACUCAUGAAAUUUGAAGAUACAUUUAAGACAGAUGCAUGUGUUUCAGGAUAUCAAUUUUUUUUUUUUAAAGACUGCAUGGUGCCAGGGAUUGCACCCAGUCUGAGACACGUGCUUUAUCACUGAAUACAUCCCUGGCCUUAUGAAGUAACAAUUCUUUAUCAUGUAUUCUGUGUUAUUAGAUACUGCUGUCCAUCUUCCUCCUGAAAUUCACCUCGCAAAAAAGCAAAUGUGAGAAAAUGCUGAGCUUACAAUUUCAUUGCUUUUAGUUUUAAAAAUAUUAUGAAGUGAUUUAACAACAUGAAAUUUUUUUUUAUUUAACCCAGAGUCUCACACAUACAAAGUGUGUUAUACUGUGAAGUACCUCUCCAGCCAGUUUAAUAAUUUUUUGCUUUUUAAGUCACACCCGGCAAUGCACAGGGGUUAGUCCUGGCUCUGCACUCAGGAAUUACUUAUGGCGCUGCUCAGGGGACCAUAUGGGAUGCUGGGAAUCGAACCCGGGUCAGCCGUGUGCAAGGCCCUACCCACUGUGCUAUCGUUCCAGCCCCUGAUUUUUUUUUAAUAAUUGAGGGAAAUAAUUUUAGUUCUGGGAAGGUGAUGUUAUUUAAUGGCCCUUUUGCCUUUACAUGCAGUCCCAGAUAAAAUCUCAACAUUUGGGUACAUGUACUUAUACUUUCUAUGCAUAACUGCAUAUUUAUUUUAUAUAUAUAUUUUAUUAUGUAUAUAUUUUUAAUGAAUCACUGUAAGAUUGCAGCACUUUACAAUAGCCAGAAUCUGAAAAAAAAAAAAAUGAGUGCCUGAGAACAAAUGACUGGUUAAAGAAACUGGUGCAUAUACACAAUGGAAUACUAUGCAACUGUUAGAAAAGAUGAAAUCAUGCGUAUUUAUUUUUUAAUAAAAAUUUGUACAUUGUCAUCAGGUAGGUUUCCUUGCAUGUGGCCAAUAGGUUUGAUACCUAGCAUCCUAGGAGUGAUCCUUGAGCACAGAAGAGGAGAAAGCCAUGACCACUUUGAAACUUUUUGACCAUUUUGUUAAUUAUAAUGCAAAUUAAUGAUGCAAUCAGCAUCUUAAAAUGUAUGAAACUAUUGGGGCACAGCAGGUAGGCGUUUAUCUUGCACGGGGCCAACCCGGCUUCAAUUUCCAGCAUCCCAUAUGGUCCCUUAAGCACCACCAGGAGUGAUUCCUGAGUGCAGAGCCAGGAGUAACCCCUGUGCAUUGCCGGGUGUGACCCCAAAAGAAAAUAUAUUGAGUGAACUUCUUGAAUUAUACUUGCAGAAAAGUACACAUCAUAGAAUAAAAUAAGAUACUUUUCAGUGUAUGCAUAUUUAUAUGAACCCAGAUCAGGUACUAAAAUACAAGCACCCAAGAACCUAAAAUACAAUACACCUCUUCCUCUGCGAACAUAACGACUAUCCUGACUGCUUAAGAAAAAACUUUUUCAAUUUUAUUUGUACAAUGUUCACAAUUAUUUGUUACAUUUAAUAUUCCCACACCAAUCCCACCACCAUUAGACCUUCCCACCACCAGCCAAGCCUGCCCCAAUAGCAGGCCCUAAAUAAUUUGUAUUGCUUGUUAUGAAUAACCCUCUAAAAUUAUUUUUAAAAGUUUCUUUAGAAGAGAGUGUGUAAAGAUUGUUGUAUCACCCUGGAUUAAGCGUUGUAUAAGAGAUUACUAACUUGUUACAUGUUGAACCUUGUGUGCUAAUAUAUAUAUAUAUAUAUUUUUGAUCGA